AUGUCCCAAACCAUUAUGGAGAAGGGCAACGAGGUCUACAACGCCAAUGAAGACACCGUUAUGGCGGACGAGAUGAGCAACAUCGAGGACGCAGCCAAGCAUCCUCUGCUUGAGCAGCAGCAACAGCAACAGCAGCAGCAGCAGAAAAAGAAGAGGAGGAGGAGAAACAGGUCGCAGGCUUCGAUCGACCGACGUAAUGAGCGCUUCCGUCUCCGCAGCAUGGGUCUUCCAGUUCCCCCUCCACCCCCCGAACAGAGACGCGAUCCCGCCCUGCCGCCAAAGCCCAAGCGCAACCAACGUCACCCCGGCAAAAAAAGAGCCAAAAAGGCCAACAAAGCUGCUUACGAAGCUGCUAAGAGGGCUGCUAAACAAGCCGAAGAAAGACCCGCAGCAGCAAGUACCUCUGCUCCUACCGACACUCCCCCGGUGACUCUUGAGAAGAGUAUUGUACCUGAGGCCAAAGAUGAGCAUAUGGAAGAAAACCAUGUUGGGAUCGAUUUGGGUCCAGCGGCAAUCAUGACUCUUGUCCAUCGAGACAAGACAUCCGGUUGA